UUGGAUAAUGUUGAAUCCAAAUUCAUGAUAGACCCCACCAACCCCUGCAGUUACAGCUAUUUUCUUUCUUCUUAUUGUUUCUCUUUGGAGCUUUGAAACUCCAAGAAGAAACGAAAUUCCCUCGUCUCUCUCAGCCUGGUCAAAAAGAACAAUUUUUUUUUUCAAGUUCUGCACUUUUUCGUUGAAAAUCCAAGCGAGUCUUAUUUGAUUUGGAGUUUCAAGGUUCUUUCAAUAGCUCUUUUUCCUUGUCAAGAGAGGAGAUCCUCUUCGUAUAUCCUUUUCUUUCUUUUGGUGCAACAGUUAGCCAUGGCUUGUUCAUUGAAUUGCACUUUCAGUAUCUCUAGGUUGAAUGUGACUAUUCUGAGUUCAAAAACACUAGAUGCUUCUGGGUUUUCUCCAUCUGUGGGUGCUAUAGGAAUUGGAGAAUCGAAAACCAAGGAUUCCCCUGUUUUGAGAAUCGAUUUCAUGGGCAAACCACUUGUUUUCCCAGAUCAAAUGGAUUCUAAAGAUUCGAUUACCAAAGCGCAAAGCAAUUUCUUUGCACAAGCUUCGAUCCGUGUGAGCAGAGCUCUCAGAUGGUGGGAGAAUACCCAUAAACCCAAUAUGCGAGAGAUCCAUUCCGCUCAAGAGCUUGUAUACUCCUUGCUUAAUGCUGGUGAUAAAUUGGUGAUUGUUGACUUCUAUUCUCCUGGUUGUGGAGGCUGCAAAGCCCUCCAUCCCAAGAUUUGUCAGCUGGCUGAAUCAAACCCCAACGCAGUUUUUCUAAAAGUAAACUAUGAAGAGCUCAAAACCAUGUGUCGCGGCCUCCAUAUUCAUGUCCUGCCAUUCUUUAGGUUCUAUAGAGGUGCAGAAGGGCGUCUAUGUAGCUUUAGCUGCACUAAUGCAACUAUCAGGAAAUUCAAGGAUGCAUUGGCAAAGCAUGGGGCAGAUGGAUGUAGCCUAGGCCCGGCCAAGGGUUUAGAUGAAUCUGAGUUAAUGACAUUGGCAUCAAUUGGGGAAUUGCCAAAAGGCUUACAUUUAAAAUCCUCAAAAGAAGAAAGAGUUGAGGAUUUUGAGGAUUUUAUUGUGAGAAGCAUUGAUUUGCCUGGUGUUUGGAGCAAAACUGGCAAUAAGACUGAACUUAUUAAGGAGGAAACUGCUGUUGGAGUUAGUUAUAAUAAGACUAAGCUUUCUGGAGAUUAGUAAUGGUAUUGAAUUGGGUGUUUUGUGUUCUUGAAUUGUAUGUAUCUAUUAUUGGAUUUCCAUAAGCAGGCUAGGUUUCCAGGUGUUUUUUUGGUUCAACCUUGAGCCCAGUCACUUCAGUAAAAUUAUUUAGGCAUUGUAGAUUGUAUUCUUGUCAAGGAAUUAAUAUGUCAACUUGUUGAUUAUUGUUAUCUAAUGAAUUUUUCUCAGCUUGUGAUUU